AUGAACUCUCUCAGGGUACCUGGCGGGAUCCCCGAAGUUUGGGAACGCACUUUCGCUUUCUGCGCCCCCCAGCUGGUGGACCCGAACAGCGACUUGUCGAGACAGUACCCUGAUCUCCAUCAAAAAUUCAGCACUCGCAUGGCCGAUGCUCUGGCUGCGAGAAACAAUGAGCCAAUCUCGAAGUGUGGACACCUUCACCCGCAAACCCACACCCGAUUCGACUCUCGAGAGGCCCAAGAGACGUCCAGACUGAGUGUACGGGAGAUAUACAACAGGGAAGACGACAUGGAUUUCCGGCGCUAUAAAAUCUGUUCAGACCUCAGGGAAAGAGCGCAGAUCUACGGCUUCAUCGGCGCCGGAACAUUUGCCACCGUAUUCCUCGCCCGCGAGAUGCAUUCCAACAAGAAAAUACCUGAAGAGCAGCUCCGCCACUACGCUCUCAAGGUGGAAAGGGCCAGCACCAUUCUCCAGGCGGGGGAGUCUGACUUGCACGAGUGCCCAUUUUCCCUGCUGCGAGAAGGCGGCGCUGACCGGUACAUUCCGUCCGAGGCUCUGAUUCUGCUGUUAUUGACCGGCUGUGACAGAUUCCCGAUGCUUGACUCUGUCUACCUUGACGGCUGCUACCAGACGAUCGUCAUGUCCCCCUGCGUGGACUAUUCGCCGGACCGGAAGCCUUUGAAAAGCAACACGUACAACCGGUGCUUUCCAGGCUUCACAGGUAGGUUCUUGAUCACUCAGGAAAAGGAGCCCCUUCUCAACGAAAUGCAGGCUUGCAAAGUCGCUUGCCAGCUGCUGGAGGCCAUCGCCUACAUGGCGGAUAUGAACCUGUACCAUGGCGACAUCUCGAUCAACAACUACGUCGUGGAUCAAAACCUGAAUGUCCAACUCAUCGAUUUCGGGAUCGUCGACUUUGGGCUCGAGCACAAAGACUUCCAGCGUAGGUCCUUUCACUUCAUGGCUUGCCAUGAGUAUCAGAUGAGACCCGAGCUGGCUGAAGAGCUGACCUUAGGCAGUUACCAGUACGAUCUGCACUACCUUUCGGAGUUCAAUGUUCGUCUUCGUCACGACAUCCGCAACGUAUGCCUCUGGAAGUUUGCUGUGUCUGUUUUUGGCAUUCUACACGGGUACUGGCCUUGGGACUUAACUCCGGAGCAAGGUGACCUGCACCUGCUGAAUUACAACGGUGGUUCCAACCCCGGAGUGGAUGCCCGACGAGCCAGAAUGAUGACCGAGCCCGUGGAAGUCGCCGAUCACUUGUCCGGUGAGUGCAAGGAGGUCCUGCAGCUCAUGCUCAGCAGGAAGCCUGAGGACCGUCCUGGGAUCAAGAGGCUUUUGCGCCAGCCUUGGUUUGAAAUGUGGAAAUCCGUGGACGGUCCGCUCACGAGGCCUUAUUCCGAGGAGUUCGCGCGUUCCUUUACCAUUGCGGCCUGA